AGCUCUAACCUACUUAACGAAAGAAAAAUACACUGGAGCCUUUUGCUUUGAGUAUAGCCUCCACACUGCAGCUUUACACAGUGUAAAAACCGAGAGAGAGAGAGAGAGAGAAAACCAGAGCAUACUCGGCUGAUGCAUCCCUCCCAGAGCAUCCAUUUCACGGCGCUCGCAGUUUGAAGCGGAGGAGACGGUGCGCAGUUCUCCGACGAAACACGGUGCUCUUCUCUCCUCCGAAGUCAGUUUCCUAGAGCGGCUCGCGGGCGGAGAGACACUCUUUUUACUGCGUUUCCCCCCCCCCACCCCCACGACACGGACAGUAUUUCAUAACAAGGCUGUUUACUUGGAGCAAAAGCGGCCCGUGCGCAGUUUCAGUCGGCGAUACUGCGUCUCCCGUUUUUUGGAGUGGAAUCGGCGACCCGCAAGCCCAAAGACGCACACGGAAUAUCCGACGGUUUCAAGUUUUCCUGGAAGUUGCGCAGUGACAGAACAUCAUGGGAAUGUGUGGCUUUUUGGCUGUGCCUGGGAAAUGCCUUGUCGUCCUCGGACUUAAACUGUUAUUCCUUGUACCUGCAGGAGUUCCAGCCAGAAGCGGGGAUUCUGUAUUAAAGGACAACAUCACCGUGAGACAGGGGGACAGCGCCGUCUUAAAAUGCAAUGUGGACAGCAAAGUAUCACGGGUGGCGUGGCUCAAUCGCACCACCAUUCUCUUCGCAGGGAGUGAGAAGUGGUCGCUGGACCCUCGCGUCAUCCUGAUGGAGAACACAGCAGUCACAGAGUACAGCAUCAAGAUCCAGAACGUUGACGUCCAUGACGAAGGGCCCUACGUCUGCUCCAUCCUCACAAACAAGAAACCAAAAUCCACAAAAGUCCAUCUCAUCGUUCAAGUACCCGCCAGGAUCACUAACAUAUCGAAGGACAUCGCAGUGAAUGAGGGCAACAACGUCAAUCUCAUGUGUCUGGCGGUCGGUCGACCUGAGGCCAACAUCAUAUGGAAGCACCAUUCGCCAAGAGGGACUCAUAAAUUUGUGACAGAGGGGGAACAUCUGGAGCUGACAGCCAUCACCAAAGAGCAGUCAGGAACGUAUGAAUGCAUCGCUUCCAAUGACAUUUCAAACCCUGAUGUCAGGACAGUGCAAGUGGCAGUCAACUAUCCUCCCUUCAUAUCCAAAGCCAGGAGUACGGGGACUCCAGUUGGACAAAAAGGAGUCCUGCAAUGCGAAGCCUCUGCUGUCCCGAGGGCAAAUUUUGAGUGGUACAAAGAAGACCGCAGGCUCUUCAAUGGACUCAACGGGACUAAGAUAGAGAACCAAGGUAAACAGUCCAUGCUCGUCUUUUUCAACGUCUCCGAGGAAGACUAUGGAAACUACACUUGUGUUGCCAUUAACACCAUGGGAAUCACUAAUGCAAGCAUAAUCCUUUAUGGGCCCGGUGCCAUGCAUGAUGUGAACGGGGCCGCUGUGUUGCCCCGUAUCUCUGUGUGCCUCCUGCUGACUGAAACCUUACUCUACCUGCUGAAGUUCUGAUGUGAAACGUGACCACCUUCAAGCUUCUCUCAGCGUUGAGCAGCAAGAACAGACUAUCAGUCCAAUGAGAAGAAUGGAAAGUUAAGAGUACCAGCGGUUCACCCUUAGUUUUCCUUCUUUUUUCUUUUCUGGCUUUGCAUCAGAGUCUGUUCUCUGUUGGCUCGCAAAGCGUGAGAGGCGUCAAUCCAAGGAAGGGAAAAAUUUGAAUCAUGCACUAAUUUGAUGAUGGUAGAACUACUGAGUUUGUGUGUCCCCAAACCUUUUUGUAUGUGAAAAGGGAAAAAAAAAGAAGAAAAAUACAUGUAACUGUUGAUAGUUGACUGUUUAUUGCCCAAUAUUGAAGUGUACAUUCAGAUUAUUAUUAAUAUUAUUGUGUCAUGUACUGUUCAAUAUCUGUACAAUACCAUUACGCUUUUUUAAGUAAAUGACAAAAAAAAGGACAAAAUGCAAUGUGAUUGUUGAAUUUUACUGUAUUUUUACAGUUGUAUGCAAAACAGAGUAACAGAUCCUACAUGAUAAAAAGUUCAGAAUAACAACUAGUACACCAUGAUUUCUCAGGCAAAGUCCUACAGCAUAGUGCAUCCAAAUUUUUAUUUCCAUCCUAGUGUGUGUAGAAAAUGUACAUAUGUGUACAGACAAUUCCUGCACUGUUGUUUUUUUUCCCAAAUGCAUACGGUCAUCAGACAACUUUUGAAACACCGAAUCACAGUGUCAUAGCAGCUUCACGGCAUGUUCACUGACUGCAGAAAAUCGGAAACGAGAAGGUCAGACGUUUACGUGCAGUGUGCUGACAGUGACACGUUGAACUAAAUGCUCAAAGCUGAGACUUGUGUAACAGCACAGGUUGUGCCGAUGGCAUCAUCACAGCAAGGACCUCUCACUAACGGCUGCUGUUGAUUCAUUGAACUGCAUUUUCAUUACCCGCAACCUCCUGAGGAUAUGAUUGGCUUUUGAAGCGUUAGUGCGUAACUUUUUAUAAUAAUGGACGUCCGUUACAUUGCGCGAUCACAGAAGGCUUUAAUCGUGUGGACGCAACAACAGUUUUGACUUAGAAUUGCCUAUGGGGGGAGACAGAAACUACGCACUAUAACUUUAAACUCUUCCUUUAAAGCUGCAUCGGUUAAAAUUCAUGCCGAAGUUAUCAAGUUGAAAAAUGUGUACAAAUACAAACAUACUGAUUUAAUCAAUAGCCCUUAAGUUUCUUAGACAGCCACAGUGGCUCUCACACACAGCUAAUCAGCUUUAACUUUGUUACUUUUUCCAUUGAUGUGCAUUGGAAAAUAGUACCUUAACAAUGACUUAUAAUCCCACAAAAUAUCUCUUUAAUCCCUAUAUGUCGCUGAAAAUGCAUGCAUGUCACUAAGCACUUACCAUUAAUUAAUAACAGCAGACAGAGCUACACAUAGGACAAUGCCAGACUUAGAUCGUAUUUACUAAUAGCAUACCAGAGCUUUGGAUAGUUUGAAUUUGUGUCUAUACAGUAACUUGCAGUGGUGGAAUGUAACUAAGUACAUUUACUCUAAGGAUAGACCUAUACGGAUUUUUAGUGCCAGUGCCGAUUCUUUUUCCAUCAGCCUUAGCCGAUGACCGAUACGGGCUGCUGAUUUUCUUGAGCCAAUAUUUUUUGCCGAUACUGCUUUAGCACCCUCAAUUUGAAUUUACGUUUUCAUAAUCUGCUCUGGCAUUUCUUUCAAAAUAAUGAACAAAAACACAGAUCAGUGUCACUUCUGCAAUCAUCUUCCAUUUAUAUCACCCAAAUAAUGUGUGCAAUGUGCAUCAUAUGGAUGGGUGCAGUGCAUAUGGUUAACUGUGCAAGGGUAAAAGGCUUCCAUCAAGAUCUGCAACACAGCCUUGAGGAUGCGUUGCUAGCUGACAUAUUAAAAGACAGAUAUAAUCAGGUCAUCUCUAAAUGUCCUUUGUCAAUACAUUUAAAUAAUUUAAGAAAACAAUAAACCCAAAAAGUAGCCAUUGAAAUAAUGUGCUUGAUCUGUAAUUUAAGACUGCCGUGGUGCUAAUGGUGGGGGGGAGUGCAUGGUUUGCACGUGAACUGCAGCGUCUCCAGCAACGCCUGUGGACGCCUGGCUGUAAAUAAUGCCGGGAAAAAACUAUCGGCGAACACAGCAGCCACGUAUCGGGCCAAUAUAUCGGCCAGCCGACAAAAUCACUAAUUUACACCCAUGCUGUAAUUAAAGGUGGAGUCUGUGAUUCUAAUCUAACACAAAUUUUACUUAACUCAGCCAAUAACUCCUCCUGGAGCGCUAACUGUCUGUUGUGUGUGCACUCUGGAAAUAAAUCCUGUGUUCUUACACAGCUGGUUCUGUAAAUGGGAAACACACACACAGUGUCUAGGGGUGGAUAGGACAAAAACAAUAACUAAACCCAGGGGAAAACCAAGUGAAGAGCAGAAGCAGUUCAAGAUUAAAUAAGAUAAUUUAUUCUUAAACUGAUUGUCAACAGUGAAGGAUCUUCAAAAGGAAGAUGAAUAAUAUUAGGUAACGUUAAACGUCUAACACUGCUGGAAUGAGUGAUCUCCGGCUUCCACUGAAGCUCUCUCUGUGUCACUCAGAUGCACACAGCUUUCCAGCAAAAGUCCCACCUACAGACUACUUAACGCCUCCCGCCUGAUUAUCACUGACCAGCUUCAGUUGCGGGCAUGACGUCACAUUCGACACACACACCUGGAGAGGAUUAGAAACUAGAAAGGACGCAGCUAAAUAGCAAAGACAACACCGCACAUAACACUCGGAGCCUUGCAUCCGGCGCAGCGCGGCGCAAAGACCGACGCACGUGUCACUGCAACUUUAAGACCAACGCAGUUGUUAAUUUCCCGUCCUGCGCCCCGAUCGUUAAAAAAGCAAAUGCACCUGCACCCAUUUUUGCGCCCAUGGGCGUGCUGGUCUUAAAGGGAGGUGUGUUCAGGUGCAUUCUUGACGUAUUGCUAUCUUGAGGCAGCAGAAAGUGAUCCACCAAAAACCUGGUCUAAAGUCAGUAACGCAGCAUUUCAUUGUUAUUUUGACAGCAAAUUAGUAAAAUGCGCCUGGUCUCGUGCAGCGGCACACAAACAUGCAGAGUUUAAAAAUAUCACGGCGCAAAAACCGGCAUUAUAAUAUCAAUGUGCCAAUGUACAAACUGUUGUUAAAGGGAAUGGGAGAUGAGACUCUGAUUGGUUGAUUGCAUGUUAAGCCCAGAACACACCUGUGAUUAAUGAAGACACUAAGUACAACACUUUUGAACAAUGCGCCUGGACCCUUUCUUCAGCCGUCAAACUAGCAAAAGUGGAUUUGGACACGCCACAAACACGCCUAUGAUACACUUGGAUCAUUAAAAUAGAGCCCUGAGGUGCGUGGUUUGGACAUCGACGCUACAAACAUAUGAUGCAUUGCUGCCGAUAAGGCUAGCCAACAGUUUAUAAAGGAGUUAAAACAUCAGCAGUAAAAUGCAACAGAAACGCAGCAGGAACAUUAAUCCAUUAACAUUAGACAGAGAUUUUACUGCACUAUAAGUACAUUAUGCUGAUAAUACUUAAAUAUUUUUACCUUCUUAAGGUUUUGGAUGCAGGACUUUAACGUGUAGGGUAGUAUUUCACCAGGUGGUAAAAUGCUUUAUACUUGAAUAAGCACUCUAAAUACUUCUUCCACAAAUGGGGACUCAGAAUUUGUUUUAUUCAUCAAACAAUAGGUCGGCCUUUACUGUUGUUGAGUUAAGUUAUCAAUGUGUGGUAGUCAGAGGUGGAAUGUUACUAAGUGCAUUUACUCAAGUACUGUACUUAAGUACAAAUUCUGAGGUAUUUUUUUCAUUCCACUUUCUACUUACUACAUUUCAAAGAGAAAUAGUGUACUUUUUACUCCACUACAUUCAUCUGACAGCUUUGGUUACUAGUUACUUUACACAUUUCUGCACACUAAAUACAUGUAAUUAAUCAAAUCUGAUGUUUUAUUAUGAAGUUAACUAGCCUACGAUGUAACGGCUUACAAGUCCAGCUGAGAUGAUUAGACCAUUAAACACACAACUGUGAUUCUUUACACUUUUUACUCUGGGAGGGGUUUUCUGCAUUGAGUACUUUUACUUUAAAUACUUCAAGAACAUUUUCCUGAUGAUAUUUACAGAAUUUUAGUUAAGUAACAUUUUCAAUGGAGGACUAAUACUUGAAAUGUUGUAUUUUAAAGUGUGGUAUUAGUACUUUUACUUAAGUAAUGAGCAUAAAUACUUUUUUUCCACCACUGGUAUUAAUGCAAAUCUAACGUAUUCCUUACGCAACCACUCAACAACAAUAAAAACAGACAUUGUGUGCAUUGAGAUGGAUUUACUGUACCUCAAGCAUAAGCCUGUAUGUUGGUACUGUAAUGGUAAAAAGCCAAGAUGAACAAAAAUAGUGGUUGAUUAUUUUAGUUAGCAUCUUCACAUUAACAUAACAUUACAAUCAAGGUAUAUACUCAAACAAGCUCUGUCAGUCAACCUGAAAAACAUGCGUUUUAUAAUAUUUAUCAGCUGAGUUAUUUUGAUGUGAAAUGGUGGAGAAGCUGGAUAAACGUCUUCGAUUUGAAACUCCUCCAAUUCAAACACACAGCUCCGGGCCACAUCCAAGCCACAAAUGACAGGCUAAUGAAUUGAAUGCACGUGAUUUCAUGAACGAAAAGACAGAGUCACAUCGCUUGAUGAUGAAUGUCCCGCGUAGCUGCUAUGAAGCUUUUUUUCAGGUGUUCUGAAUGUGUGCUUUGAACCUGGUUUGCCCCGAGGUAAACAACAGACGCUGUUCUCCAGACUGCAGAAGUCAUUGUUGUAUUCUGUGGUCAGUGGAUGCAUUUUCAAGGGACAUGUUUCAGUCUGCCUCGGACUGAGAUUUCAAGUGAUACGAGAAUAUACUUAAAGCACAAGUGAUUGAUAAUGUGAUGUUCUGCUAUUGUCCCGUUCACUCCUGUGCAUACCUAUGGGUAAGAAGUGUCAUAAUGAAGACAAAACAACAGGGAUGAGGUUGAUGUAUGUGAGAAUGCUUUUGUUGUACUCACUUGUUAAGUUACGUGCUUGUAAUGAUGGUGAAGCAGUCAGCUGCAGACGAUGUCACAGGAUGUGAUGUUACUUUUUAGGGGUUUGAAAAAGACGCCUGCCAAACUAAACCUGAGGGUUAUGGUAACCCUUUCCAUCCAAGAUAAGUUAACAUAAGUAUUGAUGUCAAUAAGCUUGAAUCAAUUUGUUUAAAAUCCCCAUUAAAAAAGAACUGAUACUGGAAUUUACUUAAGGUGUAUUUUUGUAUAUGGCACCAUGAACGACAGUGUGAUUUAUAUUUUUCUGUUAUUUUCUUUUCUCUUUUCUAUCAAGAAUUUGGGAUUUAUGCAUUUCACAAUAACAAUAAUCCUGCUGGAUGCAUAUUUCUCUGGGCAUUUUGAAAUUUGCAGUAUUCAAAAUUCACUGUUCAUUUACAAUGUUUUUUUUAAACUUUUGUCUUUAUUUACAAAUGAUUUUCCAAUGUAAGAUCUCAUUGGCGGCUGCAUUUUUGACCUGACUGGAGGUUGAGCUUAGGGUAGUCACUAUUGUGGUAUCGUCCUUAUUUGAUUGAGAGUUUGCAAAAAUGUCCAUAAACUGGUUCAAUGUGA